AUGAACGAGCACCUGGACCGGUGUCUUUCACACACACCCUCUCCUGAAAAAAAACGCGCACCGCCGACGAGUCCGCCCAGGCCCGCUAAGACGCCACGCGUCGGCGCAUCGCGCCCAUUUGCAGAGCGCAUGCGGCCACAGGCGCUCGAUGAGUAUGUCGGUCAGACAGAAAUUGUAAAAGGGACACUGCUAGGUCUGCUUCGCAAGGGCCAGAUUCCGUCGAUGGUCCUCUGGGGCCCGCCCGGCUCUGGCAAAACGACCCUCGCCCGCAUCGUGACUCGGGAGGCAAACGGUACGCGCGCGCCCCCGCCGUACCGCUUUGUCGAAAUGUCUGCAACGACGGCUACGGUAAAUGAUGUGAAGCGCGUGAUCGAUGAGGCAGUUCACCGACAACAGCUGACCGCGCAGAAAACUGUCCUCUUCAUCGAUGAGAUCCAACGAUUUAAUCGCGCGCAGCAGGACCUGUUCUUGCCAGCGCUUGAGCGUGGACACAUUACGCUGCUGGCGGCGACAACUGAGAACCCAUCGUUCCGCCUUCAAAGUGCCUUGCUCUCGCGCCUGCGCGUCGUCGUUCUCGCCAAGCUCAGCGACGACGACUGCUUCGCUGUGCUACACACAGCUCUGAAGCGCGUGCGGUGUGGUGAAGACGAUGUCCUCGAAGCCGGCUCAUACGACUGGAUCGACGAGACGCUGCUUCGCUGGAUGGCACACAUGGCCGACGGCGAUGCACGCGCUGCUUUGCACAUGCUCGAGCUGACCCUCGCCGCUGGCGAUGAUGCACGCGAUACACCACGUCUCAAGGCCUCGCUACGUCGUACAGCGCAAGCAUACGGUGCGUACCUACCGCUUACGCAGACCGCGCUGGCGACGCUCACUAUGAUACCAUCAGUGCGCUUCAUUAUCCGCGGAUCCGACCCGAAUGCAGCACUCUACUGGCUUGCUCGCAUGGUAUGCGGUGGCGACGACCCUCUUUUUAUUGCGCGUCGCCUGAUCGUGUGUGCGUCGGAAGACUGUUGCUCCGCCGAUGCACUGCAGCUUGCCGUGGCGACAUACCGUGCAUGUGAGAUUGUAGGACUUCCUGAAUGCGGAAUCAACCUGUCUCACUGCGUUGUGGCGCUCGCUGAGUGGCCCAAGAGCACGCGCUCAUACCGCGCAUGGAAAAAAGUGCUCGCCCAUGUCGAGUCGGACACACUUCAUCCGGUACCAUUGCAUAUCCGCAAUGCACCAACCAGGCUCAUGAAGGAUCUGGGGUAUGGCGCCGAGUACCGCUACGAGCCACGGUUUGCCCAUCCCAGUUCUUACCGCCGCCCAUGCGCGGUACUCGGUUCCUAUCGCCCCCUCCAGACGGCUUGA